GGGCCACCUCCGGGUUCCACUCCCGCGGCGGGUGCCCAGGGCGCACGGAGGAACCGCCCGAAACCGGCGGCGGGCCGGGGCGAACGGGCGGGGCGGGUCAAGCUGGUGCCCGACCCGCUCGCCACCCAAUCGCCGCGGGCCCCCCGAGCCCCAGGGGCUGGGGCCGCCGCAACGUGCCGCGGCUGCGCCGACGCGCGGGCGCAGGGCAGCGGGCGAGCGCGCUCAGUCUGGCGGCGGCGGCCGUGCGCGAACGGACGUGCCUGGAGCGCCGCAGCCGCCCCGCCGCCCCGCCGCCCCGCGCCCCGCGCCCCGCGCCCGCCGCCGCCCGCCCGGGCCGCGCCGCCCGCCCGCCGCCCGCCAUGGUGUCAUGGAUCAUCUCCAGGCUGGUGGUGCUUAUAUUUGGCACCCUUUACCCUGCAUAUUAUUCCUACAAGGCCGUGAAAUCAAAGGACAUUAAAGAAUAUGUCAAAUGGAUGAUGUACUGGAUUAUAUUUGCACUUUUCACCACAGCAGAGACAUUCACCGACAUCUUCCUUUGUUGGUUUCCAUUCUAUUACGAACUAAAAAUAGCCUUUGUAGCCUGGCUGCUCUCUCCCUACACAAAAGGCUCCAGCCUCCUGUACAGGAAGUUUGUCCAUCCCACGCUGUCUUCAAAAGAAAAGGAAAUCGAUGAUUGCCUUGUCCAAGCAAAGGACCGGAGUUACGAUGCCCUUGUGCACUUCGGGAAGCGAGGCUUGAACGUGGCGGCCACAGCGGCGGUGAUGGCUGCCUCCAAGGUGGCUCGACUCUUUCAUUUUGUCUACUCUUUGGACCUCAGAGAAGGGCAGGUAACCCCGCUGAGAGGUGUGACUAACUCCAGACUGAUCCAGUGGGGUAGAGAGGCCAGCAGCCCCCACAACCCACCCACGCAUGGUCUGGAUCAGAGCCAGGGACAGGGUGCCUUAUCGGAGAGACUCCGGAGCUUCAGCAUGCAGGACCUCACCACCAUUCGGGGAGACGGUGCCUCUGCUCCCUCAGGCCCCCCUCCCGCGGGGUCUGGGCGGGCCGGCAAACACGGCCAGCCCAAGAUGUCCAGGAGUGCUUCUGAGAGCGCUGGCAGCUCAGUGUGCACCUGCUGCUCCACCUGCAGGACCAGGAAAGUGGUUGAGGGAGAUGUGGCUGAGGGUGGUGUGAAGGCCUGGGAGCCCCACCAGGUCCAAAACCCGUUGGCCUUUUCCGACGAGGAGGAGGAAGACCUGCUGGAUUUCAUGUACAAGUAUAAGACACUUCGAAAGACGGAGAUCCCCCUGGAGGCACCGCCUAGACUCCUUCGAUCCCGCUUCAGGAAGAAAAGCACCUCCUCCUCGGCCACUGAAACCACGUGAGGGCGACGAGCCGACAGCACGGAUACACAGAACGUUCCUCCUCUGCCUUAAAGAGCUAUCCACUAACAACACGGUGUCUGAAGCUGGUGUGCGGUGUGCAGCCUCAGACAGGGCCUUUUCUCCCCUCCCCUUUUAGGAUAUUGUUUUCUCCUUGUCUUUAUUCUGCUGGGAAAGGCUAAAGGGCAGGUAGUGUUUGGGGGUGGUGUGUGACCCUAAGUCUUCUGAGGUUAGUAAUUUUCCAGUUGGGUUGUCAUUACAGACAGCAGUGUUUGUAGAAAUACAAGGGAAUCCCCCUCCCUGCUGAGAUGUACAUUUGUAAUUUAUUUGUUGCAUACUUCAUGUUUAGUCCUGUAAAUGCAAACAAAGCCAUUUUUUAAAACUGUUUUUUUGUUCUUGGUACUAAUACUUUGGACUACAGUGUACAUAUUUAUGGCUUUUGGCUUCAUAUAAUGGACUUGCCAGGGCUGCCAGAGGUUCUGAUAAUGUAAGAAAACUACAAACACAGAAGUUUAAAAAAUGUUUCUGAUUCCAGAGCACAUCUUAGAUUGUGCUUAGAAAGCGUCCAAAUAAACUCCAGUUCAGCGUCCCUUUCCCUGCGGACGCCGGUCCAUACGCAGACAGUUGUUUUGUCCGUAUGUCGGGGAGAGAGGAGCAGGGAGAUCAGGGAGGCAGGCGUUUCUCUUACAGCCCGAGUAAGAGAAGUCACAGGAAGCUCGUCUUCCCCUUGAGUUCAGGGUGAGGAGCUUCAAAUCCUCUGGGGGGAGGCGGGAAUUACCAUUUGCCUCAGGCAGGUGGCUCACCCGUGGAAAAUCCGUGGGGAUGUGGACUCAGAGCCCAUGUGAGGAAUCAUUUUGAAUGUUUCAAAACUUCCUGAUGAAUGACUGUUUCUCCUCCACAGUAACCUGGCUGUGACCAACCUCCCCAGGCGGAGGGGCUUACACUGAGCGCCUUCUCCUACAGUAGAACCCCCAUCUGCCAAACAAUGCAACACUAGAACCGUGCUUUCAGGUGUGUGCUGUGAGACACCGAGGCACCGUGUCACAGCCCACACGCCGGGUCCUGGGGGAUGUUAGGGGCCGAGACCUUCAUGGGUGCGACUUGCUGCUCAGCUCCUCCCACCCUUGUUCCCCUUCUGGCUCGUGCAGUGUGAACGAGAGGAAGUCGCAGGCUUAUGGGCAUUUCGGAAAAGCCCAGAUGGGUUAGUAGGAGAACAGCAUAGCCCACUACCCAAGGGGGCUCCCUCCUUAGUGAGGAACUUUGUUAGGAAAGGCGGGUCUGGAUUAAACAGUAUUUUGGCCCGAGGUAGCUGCUCUCCCCUUGGAGCUGAACCUAAACGCUGGUGUGUACUUGUGCUUGGAGCUGGUGUUUCUUUCCGUGUGAUGCAUGCAGUGGCUACAACCCUGUUAUUUACAGCUCCUGGAUUGUGUUUGUUCGUAGAUAUGCCCUGAAGACUAGACAGUUAGUGUUACCUACCACAUAGACCUUCCCGUCAACCAGCUGUCAGCGGCCCCAGUGCAAGGCUGUUCCGCUCAUUCCCCAGCCGUGGGAUGGCAUCAGCGGGCUUCCCUGAUGACACACUGCGACAUCCCAGCCCCCUCAGACACGCAUAUUUAAAUCCCUUUUCCCCAUAAUUACUCUGAGGGUGACUCUGUCAUUUACAAAAAGGAUUUAGGAAAAUAAACCUAAAAACAAAUUUGUACUGUAAUUCAGAGGACAAACAGAAGCUGUCUUUUCAUUGUCUGUGCCUCACCCCCACUAAAACCUGCUUAGGGAAGACAGAAAGUCUGUUUCCUUUAAGCUCACUGAAUAGUUGCAGACAGAGGAAAAAUGUACGCUUUGGUAUGUAUCUGUCAGUUGGGAGUACCCAGGAUCAUCAGAAACAAGUACAUAAAAAGCUUCACUUAAACAGCUUCCCUCUCUUCCCCCAAAUAAUGCCUGUAGCAGCAGAGAUUACAAUUCUAAUGGGAGCAAGCUAGAUUUUCACUAUUUUGCGAUAGACAGUUUUAACAAGUACAGACGAUCAAGUUUGCACUUGACUAUGCCAAAAACAGUUCCAAGCACUCUCCUCUCAGACAUGCUGUACUACUUCUCCUUUAAGACUUAAAAAUACAAAGCUAUCCAAACCGCUGUCUUAAUGUAAAUGUAACUAUUUUUCCUUCAUGUGUUGAUUAGGGAGUUGGCUUCUCUCUUAAAAACACUCAUUGUACAACUGAGACGAGCUGUCAUAUUUCUGGCAAAAUGUGUUUACUUAUUCAGCAAGCUGUUCUGUUGGUGUGUGGACUGACAUACAAUGUGAACGCCUCCAAGUGUACAUGUAGUGGCGCGGUGUUGUCUUGAGGAUGUAACUACACGUUUUUAAUUUGCUGGUAGACACAGGCUGUUUACAAAAUGCUGGCUCAAAAGCCUGCAAUUGUCUUUUCCUGUAAUAACUUUUGGUUAGUUGCCAUUGAACACCCGAUCUGUUUCUGAGGAGGUGGUGGGUGGUGUACCUGUAAACUGGAGAGUUUAGUCAUAAUCCCCGCUGGCUGUGUGAACAGCUUGCUCGUUUGCUGGACCUGAAAUGUGUGUUCUCUGCAGAGGCUGUCUGUGUUUGUGGUAACAGUGCUUGUCCACAGCGACCACCGUUGAGCACCUUCCUCAUUCUUCCCCUCGCGCAGUAUUUGAAACGGUAAAGGGUGAGCUUCGUUCUCAGACAGCUGCCGUGCCGGCCUGUGACUGUGCGUACUCCCCUAGUUAGUCCUGUAGACCCUAAGAACGCUCUGUAAUAAAACAGCAAACUGGACUGUGCAUCAAGGGGCGUAAAAUCCCAGGAUUCCCCAGGCUGACGUUCUGCUGUUUUGUUAUAAUGCUUGGUAUAUAUCUUGAAUAAAGUCUUAACAGUUUUCUUUUAAAAAAAA